GUCACGGAGCCUGAGAAGAUAGUGUGUAACAUCUGUUCUGAGACGUGUGGCAACGACGAUUCUGCUUGCACCCUUUCCUGUGGUCAUACUUUAUGUUCAGCAUGUAUGAGUGAAGAUAUCUCCAGAGCGAAUUCAUGCCAAAAGUGUCUGAUAAGGGACGUGCGUGCAUUCUCUUCUCCUUUUCCCUCUGAUGAAUCAGAAGUUCAGGAAAAGAUUUCACAACAAAUUGCGGGAGUCAGGGAAGAGCUAAUCACUCAAGGCGAGCAGAGUGAAGCACAGCCAAGCUCGGUCAUUUCUGGACCAGCACAUCUUUUUUGGGGAGCCCCAGAAAGGCUUGUGACAUCAGGUCAUAAUAAUUCAGAUCCUGAGGCUUAUGCUCGAUGUAUGCCUCAUGCUCAGGCAGUUAUGGAGUUUUGUCCACUCGCACUGGGCAAUCGAGAUGACACGGAACCUUUGCUACUACCUACUAGUGAUACUGCACAAAAUGCCACCGAAAAUCUAUGCCGUGUAAAUCCAGAAUUUGAAGAUGAAAAGGAUUUUGACCAUGAAUCUACAAAUGAGUCAUCAGAAAUCCCAUCGGGAGAUAACAUGCUGCAUCAAAGAAAAACUCCUCAGUAUACAUCAAGCAACACAGAGGAGAGUCUGAGCAUUCGUUCCACUAGUGUUGAUUCUGAUGAAAUGCUGCCCACUCACUCAGAUUCUAAGCCAGGCAUCCCGGAGUUAGAGGACGCCAUAUGCAACGUCUGUUCUCAGAAGUGUGACGACAGCAAGGCCUCUCGUGCUCUUUCUUGUGGUCACAUUCUAUGCUCAACUUGUGCUAUUUCAAAUUUCUCCAAAGAUUACUCCUGUCUAAAAUGUCUGAUGCAGGAGCUCUACGUUUCCUUUUUUUCAUUCAUCUCCAGCACCCAAAAAAACCCAGAGAAGAGUUCAGGAACAAUGAGGGAAAAGCUGAAAUACUUAGGGAAGAGUUUAGAAAAACCCAGCGAAAAGUUAGAUGAUCUUUCCGAUAAUUCAAAGCUAAGUUCAGAGACGUCUGAAACGUCAGAUCUUCACAUUGGAAACUCGAAGACGACCCUGACAUUAGAUCACGACCUCGUAUUUCCUCAGGGAUACUCCACAGGCUUACAAGAUCAGCAAGUUUUCCCGAUUUGUCCACUCAUAUUGGGCGCUCGAGACGUCAAAUUUCCCGAAGACGCAACGGUAGGCAAUCUACAUAAUGUGAUCGCACAAGAAAUUGAUGAGGAAGAUCUGGAACGAGGGUCCUUUGAGAAUUUGGCAGCAGCAGCAUCAUCGGAAGACAUUAAGGGAGAUUCUGCAGAGGCCCUUCAGUAUCUGUCAAGUGGCAGGGAUGACAGCCCAAGUUUCGGUUCCUGCCUCUGCGACGGCAAAGUAAUUGACACAAAUGAUAUUCCUGGAGACUGGAGCAAAACGUGUGAACAAAAACUGAUGAAGAACAGCAACGAUGAAAGUAAUUUAUUCAUGCGAGCCAAGGAAACCGAGGACACAAACAGUGAGGUCUGUCCCAAAAACUGUGAUGACGAGAGUUACCCUGAGAGAAAAAUACGCUCAGAAAAUCAGGCGCAGAAGCCUUUUGCUUUAUCCUCCUCCUUCAACUUUUGUUUCUCAGAGUGUCCUCAAAAGACUCAGAGACAAGUCGCAGGUAUCAGAGAGAGAUUCGAUAUCCAUGAAGGUCAGCCUGAGGCUGAACUAAGUUCAGCCACACCUGACAAGCAGAAUCUGUCUUUAGGAAGCGAGGGAACACCAGCAAUUUUCAGACACGAUAAUAAAAGACCUCUCAGUCAGCCGGCAUUCCAAGUACACCAGCCAGUAUCAGGCACUCGGGAUGAGGAGCAGCCUUCUGCUUUUACAACUCCCGAAGAAGAUAAUCGAGGCAUCAUAGAUGGUGUAGAACCUCGUGUAAUAUGUUGCGAAAAGGUUCUGAAACAAAUGUCCGUCGAUAUAUCAACAGACACCUCAUUAGACAGUGUAGACUCUGGAGUAUUUGUCGACAGUGAGUCAAAUGAUUCUGGAAAGCCGCCAGAAUGUGACUCUUGUGCGACCCUUUGCGAUAAACUAAAUCCUGCACUCUCUGACAGCAAGACAGUCAGUGAGCGUGAUUUUGAAGAAGCCUGGAGGGAUGAUAAGGACCUAAAUCAAAUAAAUAUAAAAAUUAACGACUUAAAGGCCAUUCAAACACAAAUGGCCGAACUGAGUCAGGGAACAGACAUCAGUUCCCAUAAAAAGAUAUUCCCUUCUCUGAAUGGCACUGACUAUGCACUUGAAGAAGAUGAAAAAUUGCAGGAAGUCAGUGACAUGCUUGUGCUUCUGGAAGAUUUGAAAUGGAAGUUGCAGUUUACAAAGAUCUCAUCAGUUAUCUCUGCAACCAAGAAGGAAGUCGACCUGAUUUAUUCAUCCGUAAUACAUCAUAGUGAAUAUGAACUGGAAAAAGCAAUAAAGAACAGACCAGGAGUAGCCGACUCCUCACAUCGAGGACUACCAGCAAAUCCCCUGACAAGAAACCCAAGAGAUAAUCAACCGACCAGGAGCACAAAACCAGCCACAUCUCAGGAGAGCAUGACCUCCGAAGGGAUUCCCUUCAACAUCCCGAAGCGCCACAACUGCAUCACAGUCAAGGACAAGCACGACAAGGUCAGUCUGGAAGAACUGCGUCUCGAACACUACUAUUACCUCUCUUGCGCGGAGAGCCGUCCAGGCGUCCGCAGUGGUUCUUCACCACCAGGCGGCAGGUGGCUAGGUGUGCCCACUUCUCGCCCCGAGCCUCCCGAAAUCUUACCACCCGGGAACCUGGUGCUCACAGACGUUGGAAUGAGGGACUCGACUGGACAGAGUCAACUUCUUCCCAGACGUGAAAGUGAUGACGCGACUGCCGCCAAGUACACCGCAACGCUAGACAUCGACAUAGUCACUGGAGACUUUGUCAUUCUACCCAUCAAGACACGCCUACACGCCAUAACGGCGAUGGAGGAAUACAGACAUAAAAGCACUGAAGAGCUGCGCGUCGAACAUUAUUUGUUGUCCGUUGCAGCAGAUGCUCCUCAACGAGAGUCAGACUCCAGUCAGGGUGCUGGAAGAAGCCUCGUCACUCAAAAAAAAUUAAAGAGAGGCGCAAAACAAUGAUCUUCUUGAUGGGGAAUUCUCGUUAAAAUAACCUGCACGAUUCAUGCUGACCAACACUGCAACACCCUCGUCUUUUGCUAGUUACAAAUACUGGUGAAAAGAAAAGGAGAGAAAUACCUGUCGAAAGGAGAAUGGGUCAAUGAUAACAUCAGAAGAAGAAGAAGGAGAAAUACAAAGUUGGGCAGAACAUUAUGGUGAGGUGAUUUACGUUAGAACUUAUAAAGCCUGAUGGUUUUUGUACUCUGUAUGUGUACUACAUGAUGUGCUUAGCUGAUACAGAACACUUGAAUUUCAGGUACGGAUAUUCUAUUUUAUGAUGAACUCGACUUUGAACAGAGGUUCUAUAGAUAGUCUACAUAGAUAGUUACUUGUGAACACUAAGUUCUUAAGCUUUUAAAAGAACCCCGCGCGCAGAAUAAAGUCAUCUCACCAACGAGGAAGCACCCGAGUGUCACAACCAUUACUAAACCCUCAAUCUUUGUAUCGCACGCAGUUACAGAGGACAUUUUUGGCUUUGUAUUUGAAAAAGCUAUGGCAGUCUUGACGAGUCUGCUUAGCGGUAUUAUUAUAUCGGAACAAACACAGCAGCAAUAACCUGAAGUCCAAGUUUCCUAGACAAAACAGUAAAUUUACCGCCUGUACCACAGCUGAGACGGAGGCAAAUUUCAAUUAUGUCAGGGCAUAAUUGAAGUUUUGACAGACACUGAGUUUUAUUGCAACAUCAUCAAGAAGAAGGCAUGAUCCGACCUCUAGCUUACUCGGGGUGCGUGCUAAACCUAUGG